ACGAUGAUAGCACCCCGCAGCGGCAUAUUCAGAGACGUUCAGCCUUCAAGCUUGCAAGAACGGUGAUAUGUUUCAGAGGGGGUUGAUUAUUGCGAGAGUUUUGAGAUUCUGUGUGCGCAACGAGAAUCACGAGACGAUUUAGACUGUCCACUGUCACUACCUAACGCUUCAAUACUUUCUUUACUAUAGAUAACAUUAGUACUGCACUGACUGUAUUCUUAGAUGAUCUGAGCCGAGUACUAUCAGUGUGUGUAAAUAUGAAGUAGAGGUCACGGGAAAAUUCCAGUUGCGCUUGGCUUCCAACCACAUCGACUAGGAUGUCUUCAGAGACUAAUUCACCACCUGACCCGGAGUUUCUUGCUGCAGUAGCCCAACGCCGCAGUGCCAUGACAGGACCAGCAGUUUCUGGUUUUGAACUCCUUCGACAGCAUGAGCAGCGGCAGAAGUUUCGACGUCUGAUAGACCCCGGAAUCUUGAGGCCUAAUUCCCAUGAAGCGGCGAUGGCUUCCUUGAAGAUAUUAUCAAAUAUCUCUGAGAAUCUGAUACGAGAGCCUGAAAACCCCAAAUUCCGGCAGUUCAAGUCGACAAAUGAUAUGAUCAGACGGCGCCUGAUUGAAACCAAGGGUGCGCUAGAGUAUGCAAUUGAGAUGGGGUUUCGUCCGGAGGUCAAGGAAUUUCAGCCCCUCUAUGUCUGGAAUGAGCGCAAAAGCGAAGAACUACGCCUUGGCGCUCAAAUAUUACAAGAGACUAUAGAACUAGCUGAGAAAAAAUCAGCCAGGUCUCAAACAAGUGCGGCUGAAACGAAGGCUGCCACUGAGGCUGCCAAACGAAAUGCCCUGCUGGCUUUCAUGGACGACCGCAAAACCAAGAUGCUUCGUGACCAGCGCGAUCGCCACAAUCGCGAAGUUCGAGCCCUUCACCGUCCGAGUGUAAACGGCGAAGGAACUAUAUCCCCUUCUCCACCGCCCUCCAAUGCAGAAAUGCCAGGCAGUGGUCAUGUUUUGUCAUCACCUGACCCUGUAGUAGAUGAACUUCCCCCGUAUCAUGACUGAUCGUUUCAACCCCUGCCGAUCUAACAUGUUCGCAUUUACGCAAACCAGUGGUCAA